AUGACUGCUGCUAAUAACAACACUACUGUUUUUGUCUCCGGUGCUUCCGGUUUCAUUGCUCAACACAUCAUCAGACAAUUGCUAGACCAGAACUACAAGGUCAUUGGUUCUGUUAGAUCUACAGAGAAGGGUGACAACCUGAAGAAUGCUAUCUUCAAAAGUGCUAACUUCAACUAUGAGAUCGUCAAGGAUAUCGCUGAUCUAAAUGCUUUUGACCCUGUCUUCGAGAAGCACGGUAAGGAUAUCAAGGUUGUCCUACACACCGCCUCUCCUUUAAACUUCACUACUACCGAAUACGAAAAGGAUUUGUUGAUUCCAGCUGUCAACGGUACCAAGGGUAUCUUAGAGUCCAUCAAGAAGUACGCUGCCCAAACAGUUGAGAGAGUUGUUGUUACUUCCUCCUUUGCUUCUCACACUUCCACUGUUGACAUGUGCAACACCAAGGGUAAGAUAACUGAAGACUCCUGGAACCAAGACUCCUGGGAAAACUGUCAAACGGAUGCCGUUAGAGCUUACUUCGGUUCCAAGAAAUUUGCUGAAGAAGCUGCAUGGGAAUUCUUGAACAAGAACAAAGAUGCAGUUAAGUUCAAGUUGGCCACUGUUGACCCAGUGUACGUCUUCGGUCCUCAAAACCACAUCGAGCCUGGCAAGAAGGUAUUGAACGUCUCAUCCGAAGUCAUUAACCAAUUGGUACACCUGAAGAAAGACGACCCAUUGCCACAAGUAGCAUGUGGUUACAUCGAUGUCCGUGACAUUGCUAAGGCUCAUAUCCUAGCGUUCCAAAAGGAUGAAUUAAUCGGUCAAAGACUGUUGCUACACUCUGGUUUGUUCACCGUCCAAACCCUACUGGAUGCUAUCAACGAGCAAUUCCCAGAGCUAAGAGGUAAGAUCCCAGCUGGUGAGCCAGGUUCCAACAAGCCAGAAGAUCUACUGACUCCAAUUGACAACACCAAGACCAAGAAGCUGCUAGGAUUCGAGUUCCGUGACCUGAAGACCAUCAUCCAGGACACCGUCUCUCAAAUCCUAGAAGCUGAGAAUGCCAGUGCCAAGUUGUAA